AUGCAGCGCUCAGUUGAAAAUGCAUUCAUCAGUGCAAGUGAAAAGAAUCGAAGCUUGGCCUUCUGGAGUGUGAGCCUCAGGUUCCUUGCCACUUUGUUCAUACUGGUCGGCCUUGGUCUGCAGAUAGGAGCUGCAACCCUGAAUUCUGACAACUUUGAGAUAUGGAUUUCUCCUGAGUCAUUUGUAUUUCUUGGGAUCGGAUUGAUCUGGAACGUCACCGAAUUCAUUGUUCGGUUUCAGAAGAAGACUGGCAUGCAUCCGGGUGCUCAUGUGGCAUUCGAUCUGAUUUUGUUUGGCGGGCUGUUCAGUUCUGGGCUGAUACAAAUUCUUAUCAACUAUUGGGAGUCCUUGCCGGUUGCAGCUGGUAGUGUUAAGAUUGUAUGCUGUCUUCUGCAUUUCGUCUUAUUCGUCUUUGCUUGUGUAGAUUGUCAUCGCUUGCGUACAAAGAAUGCAGCGGAUCUCGUCGCACAAGCAGUAGCAAGCCUUAAGGACAACGAGCAGUUUGAGUUAUCCAGUGUCGGUGCAGUGAAAGAAGUUGCUCCUGGGAUGGCUUUGAUCUCCAUAAAGACAUUGGCGAAGCUGCAAAAUACGGUUUGCGAGAAAUGCGGCGAGACCAAAAUCUGA